UCCUGGUUUCAGCCGCGGUUCUGUCAAGGUGCAAACAUGGCUCUGAGUGCUUUAUACCGCAGCCAGAGCUGUCGGUUGUUUUACAGUAACGUUAAACUCUUACAGAAAUGUACCCAGACUCAAGCUUUCAGACUCGCACACACUGUUCUGCGGAGAGAAACUGGACUGAAAUACACACUGUCACCGCAGAGAGUUCACUGCUGCCUGGUGAAUGUGAGUCAGCGGCACACCUGCAGAACAACUCAGUGGCUUUGUCAACACUCCAGAGCUUUUUCCUCGAUACCUCCACCGCCCAGAUCAAGAGAUAAGCCCAAGAAGUCUGGGCCUGUGACAUGGAAAUCUUUAGCAAUAACGUUUGCUGUUGGAGGCUCUUUGCUUGGACUGAUGAAAUAUUUAAAGAAAGAAAAGGAAGAACUGAUUGAAAAAGAGCGGACCAAAUCAAUCGGCAGAGCAGCGCUGGGGGGUCCGUUUUCGCUCAUCGAUCACAACAACAAACCCUCCAAGAGCGAGGACUUCCUGGGCCAGUGGGUCCUCAUCUAUUUUGGGUUCACUCACUGCCCGGACAUCUGCCCCGAUGAGUUGGAGAAGAUGAUUGAAGUGGUGGAUGAAAUAGACGGAAUAAAGUCUCUUCCAGACCUGACGCCGAUCCUCAUCACCAUCGACCCUGAGAGGGACACAGCAGAGGCCAUGGCUGCAUAUGUGAAAGAGUUUUCACCGAAGCUGAUUGGCCUGACAGGAACAACGGCUCAGAUUGAGCAGGUGUCCCGAUCCUACAGAGUUUAUUACAGUCAGGGACCAAAGGACGAGGACAACGACUACAUUGUCGAUCACACCAUCAUCAUGUACCUCGUGGGACCCGACGGAGAAUUUUUGGAGUAUUUUGGACAGAACAAAAAAAGUGCAGAGAUCACCAACUCAAUAGCAGCACACAUGAGAAGGUACAAGGCGGCAAAGAAAGCAGAUGGCAGUUAAAAGCCCUCAAUGGACAGACGGAUUCUGUCCUCAGGUGCGUCUGUUUGAACUUAAACCACCGCUGCCGUCUUGUUUUGGCGCCAUGUAUUUAUUUCCAGUGUUUCUGGGUGGUGUGCAGAAGAAAAUAGGCCUGAUGCUGAUCUCCAUUAUUAUCCACAAUGUGUUUCACGCUGCUGCUGACUGAAUAUAACUGGGAAAAUGCUUCUUCCUGCUUGAAAUAAUUGUACACGUCAGCUCCAAUGAGCUCCUGAUCUCUGAUUUCUGGUUCAAAGAAUGAGGAAAUACCUGAAGACCAAUGUUGUAAAUGAAGUGAACAUUUUGUGAUAAAAUCCAAAGUACAACUAUGUGUUGGGUAUUUUUUUGUGCUGAACAGGCAAUGCUGUGUAGUAUGUAGCUUUAACUUCUGACUAAAUCUCUUGUAUUGCCACUGAAACUGCCUUCAGUGUCUCUAUGUCACAGUUUAUUAGUGGUUUCCUGUCAAAUCUCCAAACUGUGAACUUUGGUUUUUCACAUUGUGCGAGAAAAGAGGCUGCUGGGAACAUUUCAGUACAUGACAUUGGAGUGAAGAGUGAGAGAAGUAUCACAUUUUAUUCACGUUUUAAUACAUUUACGGUUUGUUUCCAUUUGAAUUUCUUAUGUGGUCCAUCCUCAACACACUGCAUGGGAACAUUUGGAAAGGAAGCAUCUCUGAUGGAACAAUGACCGUGACGUAGGAACGUUCACUCUAACCUGGACUUGCCACCAGCCUGUAUUGAUUUAUUAAUAUCUUCUCUGCGUGCACACCUGUCGUGUUCCUCCUUUAGAG